AUGCCCAAUAUGCUCGAAGCACAAAAGAAAAAGAAAGAAGAUGCCAAGAGGAAUAAGAAAUCCUCUGGAGAGGACCAAGGGGACUCUUCCAAGAAAAUAUUACCGAACAAGCGAAAGCAAAAAUUUAUUUAUGGGAACAAGGGAAGCAAUUCACAGCUUUCCAUGAAAGAGAGGAAGGAUGCAGCCGACCAUGAACGACAAAUUAUUCACAGUGAGUUUGAGAGCCGUGGUGAAGAUAACCCAUUGGAUAAUUAUAGUGCUACCUUAAUAGACAAUAACAUUGACAAUACGUGUUUGUAUCCCCUCCUUCAUGCUUGCGAGGAGUUAGAAAGUGAGAAAUUCAAAGAAUGUAGCAAAAGCAACAUAAGACGGGAUCAAAAGGAUUAUGUUGAGGAGGAACUUCUUGACCAACAACAAGAAGAAAAUAUUGAUGGUGAGUCAGAUCUCAACAAAAUUACAUGUGAAGAUGGUAUCCCAGAUAAUUUUGAUCGUAUUAUAAACGACAAUAUUAUCAAUUAUGGCUCGAGACUUUUGGCAAAAGAUAAAAAUAAUGGAAACUAUCAUAUCACACAAGGAAUACCGAGAAGUACCAAAUUUCGUUCCAUUGAUAACCUUUAUAAGUGUACUUCUAGGCUCUCACCAAUUAAAGAUGAAUAUAAUUGGAAUCGUCCAACUGAAGAAGACCCAAAUAUGAAUCAUUUAGCAAACGAAGAUUCAACCCCCUCCAUCAGUGAGAACCAGCGAGAGCUCCACCAUCGCCGGUUAGCUCUCCUUCUUUCUCCUCCUGUCGCCCUCUUCCCUUCGCCCUCCUCCCUUCACUUUCCUCUUCUCUCCUUGCUCCCUCCCGUCUCUUCUCUCCUGCGAGAAUGGCGAGACAAAUUACAGCCUCCCUCUCGUCUCUCCAAUCAGCGAAAGCUCGCUUCUCUCUCUCUCUCCCUUAACUGCUUCGGCCAGCGAGCUCCAAGCAAUCAACAUCAGCAGUGGGCGAGGAGAGCAACAUCAUCUCCGGCCAACAACAACCAACGCGAGAGCCAGCUCCGACGAGCUACCGGUGAAACAACAGCGCAUCAGCAACAACGACAACAGCGAACCAGUGAGAUCCUUGCAUCUCCAUUCCUCUCAACUCCGGGAGAACCAAUAAGUUUUAAUCGAAAAGUUAUCUUUAGCUUUUCAUUACAUCUCUGGUUAUUAUGA